UUUCUCGUCGCGGGCUUUAAUUUGCAUCCGAAAGAUCUCCAUUCUCCAAGGAACCUUUGAGACACCUGCUUCGCUGAAAUGGCGGAAUCUGAAAACACUUCGCCCCUCGGUUCACCCACAUCCGCCGGAUAUAGUGCUGACCAGCUCCCUCCCAACAUCAGUAGCUCCACCUCUGAAGUUAACUCCUCCCAAGACAAUGAAGUCGUUGUUCUUGAGAAGCAGUUUACACCUAUAGUUUGUGUGCUCGAAGAGUUUAUGCCACUGCAUACUAUCCCUAUAUGCCCCCCUCAAGUGAUUUUCAAGUCAACCUGGGAUGAUAGGCCAAGAUCAUGCUGUGGGUCUGAAACUCCUGAUUUUACUGAGAAAAUUACUCUUCCAAAGUUUGAGUAUCUUCCUCUUCCAGAGGACACUAUUGUUUCUCAACAAACCAUUAUUGUGGAAGUCUUGGACAUUGGUUCAAUAACCAUACAAGUACCGGACGCAUGGAAGGUUCAAGAUAUAUGUGAACACAUAAAACAUGAGCAUAAGGAAAAGAUUCAUGGAAAACGGAAAGUUUACAUACUAAAACAUAAUGGAAUUGUUCUAGAAAAUUCCAAGAAGCUCUCAGACUAUUCUAUCGAGAAUUGGGCAACCCUCAAGUUCGAGAAGCAGUAAAAAUGCACACAAAAAUCACUGUCCAUUCUUACAAUUUCCACUUAAAAUUAUUAAAAGGUGAAUUAAGAAUUGUGUCUGAAUAAAAAUUGGGUUUGAAAAUGAAUUGUUACUCUUCAG